UUGAGAAAUAGGAGGGGCUUCUAAACGACUAAAAAUGUCAAUCUGAGAAAGGGAGUCCCAAUAAUCUAAAGCAAUCUGUAAGGACCUGACCUUAGUCCAUCCAGAUCAAUAGGGAAGUGAGGGUGGAAAGAAGAAGAAGAGGAAGAAAUAAGGGGCGCAACCGGAUCGUUUACACUGGCUGUUCCCGAGGAAAUAUAGACUUCCCUUGCUUGCACCUUUUGUUGCUCACAUGCUCACACUGUAAAAGUGGAUAUCGAGGCAAUUCCAUUGCUUUGUGUGAUUGCAGCAGACUUUUUUCCCUUUUCCUACCACCAUGUCGUUCCCUCAGCUGGGAUAUCAGUACAUCCGACCGAUAUACCCGCCGGAGCGCCAGGGGAUCGCCAGCAAUGCCCGAGCCGGGACAGAGCUCAGUCCGUCCGGGGCACUUUCCAACGUCCUCUCGACUAUGUAUGGAUCUCCUUUCGCCGCAGCAGCGCAGGGCUAUGGAGCGUUUCUCCCCUACACAAACGAUAUAUCAAUUUUCAAUCAGUUGGGUGCUCAGUAUGAACUGAAAGACAGUCCCGGUGUCCAGCACCCCGGGUUUGCUCACCAUCACCCUGCCUUUUACCCAUAUGGCCAAUAUCAAUUCGGUGACCCAUCCAGACCCAAAAACGCCACCAGGGAGAGCACCAGCACCCUGAAGGCCUGGCUGAGUGAGCACCGCAAGAACCCCUACCCAACCAAGGGUGAGAAGAUCAUGCUGGCCAUUAUCACCAAAAUGACCCUCACCCAGGUGUCCACCUGGUUUGCCAACGCCCGGAGGAGGCUAAAGAAAGAGAACAAGAUGACCUGGACCCCCCGGAACCGCACGGAUGAAGAAGGAAAUGUUUACACCAGCGAUCACGAAGGGGGGGAGGGGGACAAGAGAGAGGAUGAGGAGGAGAUCGACUUGGAGAACAUCGACACGGAAAAUAUUGAGAACAAGGACGACUUGGACGACCAGGACGACCUGCAUUCAGAUAUUAAACUCGACGGGAGGAGUGACUCUGAGAUUUCUGACGGCUAUGAGGAUUUACAAGGGCCCGACCAGAGGUUUCUAAAGGCUGUGGGGAAGGAGGGCAAAGACGUACAGAGAGGAGCAGAGCAUUUCCACAAUCACCGUCACCACUCUUUGGACAUGAAAACGUCCCAGCCAAACGGGGAACAGCUCAAACUGAACUCUGUAUCCGUGAGCUCACCGCCCUCAGAAAACAACCCCGUCCCAACCCAAAAACCAAAAAUCUGGUCUUUGGCAGAGACAGCUACGGCCCCAGACAAUCCACGUAAAUCGCCGCAAAUGAACGGCAGCAACUCCGCAGGGCCGGCCGCUCAGACCAUAAUCGCUCCUCACAGACUCAUCUCUUCUUGUCCGGUUGGGAAAAUCCAGAACUGGACGAACCGAGCCUUUUCGGCCCACCAGCUGGCUUUACUGAACUCAAAUCAUUAUCUGGGACUGGCGAACCAGGCCACUGCCACCGGCCUGGCCCUCUACAGCAGCAGGCAAACGGAGGACAAGAGUCAUAGUUCAGAGACUUCAGUCACAGGUACAUGUCCUCGUCACUGAGACGCGCAUGUAUAAAUAACUACAAAACAAAGACACUAGUUAAUUUCAUUUAUUUUAUUUUAGACCUUCUUUUGCCUUCUUUGCCUGUUCAUGGAUAUUUUUUUCUGCCUAGGCCACGCAGAUAACCAGUGUUAAUGUUACAGCAGAAUACAGUGUGUGCGAUGUGUGCCUGUGUGUGUGUAACAGCUUGUCCAGAAGGGUUAAGAAAAAACCUCAUCAGGAUGCGUUUAAGGAAAAAAAACAUUGAAAUUGGUGAAAACUCUUCUUAACUAGAUGCCCCUUUAUUUCUUGAGUUGCUGUUACAUCUACUUUAUAUUGAGGUCCAUGCGCCUGUAUUAUGGUUUACAUUAAGUCCUCAACCCAUUAAAUCACGUCGUUUUAACAUUAUAUUCCCAUAAACCCAGGAUGAGCUCUGAUCAAAGGAAGUUCAAUUAACGCAUUUUGAUUUUCUUUGCUGCAGCUUCAGAGAGAUCUAGUGCCUUGGAUGCAGAGAAAAAGCUGUUUUUAACAGCUUUCCACGCAGUUCAAAGAUAACGAGGCUGUCAGUUAAUGACAUUUGGGAAUUUUCAUUUAAUGCAAUAUCACAUUUUAGUUUAAAAUGCCACAUUUACCCAAAUUAGCUUUGUUUCAUUUUUUUCUGCGUCUGUGUGCGCUUGGGUUAUUUCUUCAAGGCCUAUGUUACACUAACUUGUUCAGUCAUGCAAAUGAGCUCAAUGCAAAUUCACUCCAGGUUCGUUUUUGAAACGCGAUUGUCACUUUUAUAUCACUUUAUGUUUUCACUCUUCGUGAGACUAUUAUUAGUGUUGUUUUUUUUCUUCUACAUUUUUGUUACAUUUUGUUGUACCCCUGUGUAUUUCAGGCCUCAGAACCAACUAGACCUCAGAACCAGCCACGGUUCUUUUGGCUCUUUCCAUAAACCCUCACCCACCCUCUUUCUUCUUUAAUUUUAAUUUGAAUAUGGAAUGUAAUAUAAGAAUAAUACAUCUCUGUAUACUUACAUUGUAAGCAUGUCCUGUGUAAAACUGCUAAUGUAAUAAUCUAUGAACCUGUAGUCUGUGAGUUUUUUUCUUUCUUUCUUUUUGUAAGUUCUGUGAGGAUUUGAUGUUGAAAUGUUUUGUAUAUAAAGUUAAGAAUAUGUACAUACUUGUGAACCAAAUUGUACAAGAAAGUCUAUAUUUUGGCUAAUAAAUGAACUGCUGCAACUUAAAAAAAACAAACAAACAAAAAAACAAACAAACAAUAAGAUUGUUUUUUUUCUUGGCCAAGGUAUUUUGACAGCUGCUUUUGAUGGUGGCUGUUACUGUGCAUUGCAGCUUGAAAUGCAUUGCUUUGGUUUUUUGUAUGUGUGUUAGUGGACAGCCCGGGGCACAGACUUCAUCCUCCGUGGCUGUGAUAAGUAUAUAUUCGAGAGGGAUUUAUCACACUUUAUAUAGUGGCGCGACUUAAGGCUAAUUAGCCAGUAUUGCGGCAUAGAUUUGCAUAUUAAUGUUAUGGGAUUAUCCCUAUAGAGCUGUAGCGGGCGUAUUAAUAUUUCGAAUAAUUCUUUCAUUUAUUUUCACCAGAAAUUGUCGUCUAUCGAGAGACUUUAAGUAAUGAACGACUGUUAAAGCAUCGCUGGUACUUGGUCAUAAUGGCUCAAUUGAUCCUGAAGGUGGAUUUUGGCUUGGCAGUGCAACUCCCAGAUCUCAUCAUGCUCAAUUUGUAAUGAUUUUGCUCUUCACAUAUAUCAUACAUUUUCCACAGCUUAUGCUGCUUUAUGGUAUAAUUGUAAUAUAUCGUGGCCGUAUGACUAAUAAUAACAUCAUUUAUUUUGUUUGCCCGUGAUGUGAUCAUUUGCAUGUGUGAGCCCUUAUCAGAGGAAGUUUAUGUAAACUUAGUGUUGGAGCUCCCUCUACAGUCACUUGCAGUCGCCAGUGUUCUGAUGCACUGACACUCAUUCAGCUGAACUGCUCACUUUUUUUUUUUAUCUAUUUCUAAUUUAUCUAUCAGUUCGAUUUAAAAUUCGAUAGCAACAUUUUUCAGUUAUAAUUCUGUCACAAGAAAAUACCUUUCAGACCCGUUUUGAAGUCUUUGUAUUAUUUUUAGAACGUCCAUUCGCAGCACAGUUCCUCAGAGUGCGCUGCAUUUGUUUUUAAUAUUUUAACGUGUGUGUGUGACUUUUUAUGUAAAAAUUCAAUUUUUGCCCUAAACGUUCCAAAUUAUUUAAUGAAAUAAAAGGGGCGUUUCCAUUUGAGGUGACAAACAGCAUACCUUUUCGUGCAUGAGCCACAUAUUUAAAGUGCAAUAAACAAAACAGUUACGGAUGAUAUAUAGAUCAAAUUCUUCAUUUUUUAUUUGAUUUGUUUGUUUGUUUGUUUUAACCUUUUACGGCUGCCAUAGCCGCAAUUUAAGUAUUUCGCGAUAUGUGAGAUGCGGUUUAUAGCAAAUUCCAUUCGUUUUUUUGUUUCAUGGUUGUUGUUUUGUUUUGUUUUUUUGCUUGUUUUUCUGUUUUUUGUUUUUGUUUUUUACGAUGUUGGCUUUAAAUGUAAACAGAUUUUUUAAAGUUAAACAUGAAGAAAGAAACACACACACACACACACGAAUGAAAAAGCACUCUCUAUUUUAUUAACCUAUGCAAUUUCCCCCAAAUUGUUGUUAAGUUCUGAAAGUCUAAGGAAGGAAGAUUUUUGCAUUAUUUAUUUUAAA